AUGUCAUUUGACCUUUAUUUGGCCAUCUGCAAGCCACUUCAAUAUCCAAUGAUUAUGACUAAGAAUGUCUGCAUUCAGUUGUCCUUAGCCACUUGGUAUGUGUCAUUCAUACUUGUGUUUAUUCAGUGUUUUGUUUUUUGGCAGAUGCCCUUCUGUGGACCCAAUGUUGUUGAUACUUUUUUCUGUGAUUCUGCUGCCAUGUUUGGUCUUGUAUGUAGUGAUACUCACUUGAAUGAGUUUGUGGGAUUUCUGUUUGCUGUCUUAAUGAUAGUUGUGACUUUGAUCUUAACUAUAGUAUCAUACGCUUGUAUCAUCUCCACUGUAAUGCACAUCCCUUCAACUGUUGGACGCAAAAAGGCUUUUUCUACCUGCACAUCUCACCUGAUCGUGGUGUGUAUAUUGUAUGGGGCAUUGAUUGCCAUGUAUGUGAGGCCUACUGUGCAUUCGACUUCUCACAUAACCAGAGUACUAGCCGUCUUGAACACUGCCUUUAUUCCAAUGCUGAAUCCUUUCAUAUACACAAUAAGGAAUGCAGAAGUCAAAAAUGCUGUUCAGAAUAUGAUACAUAAGAAGAGACAGUUGCUGAACAAUGAUUUUUUAAAUGUUUUAAAAAGGUGA